AUGGCUGCGGACGGUAGCGAUCCCCAGCAGGCGUACGCGCCUGUCUUGACGGCUAUGUCAACUAUGCGCGACGGCCAACGGGAGCAAAAGAAGGCAGCACAUCAGUUCUUAGAGAGAUUUCAAAAAUCGACCGAAGCAUGGCAAAUCACCAUCGGUAUUCUGCAAUCGCAGGCAGAUGCAGAGGCCAAGUUAUUUGCUGCCACAACGUUAAGAGGAAAGAUCACCUAUGAUGUCAAUCAGAUACCCGAUGAUUCCCUACCAGCACUUCGAGACCAGGUCUUGGGGCUUUUGAAGCUAUUCGCAACUGGCCCGCGACCGAUCCGAAUACAACUAUGCGUUUGCCUAGCGAUACUCGCUGUCCAAAUGACUGCGUGGAAGGAUGUGGUUCCGCUGGUCGUGUCAACCCUGGGCAAUGACGCCGAGAGUUCUACCUGUAUACUGGAUUUCCUGAAGGUUCUCCCAGAGGAAGUCACCGAGGGACGAAAGAUCAAUUUGACUGAAGAAGAGCUACAGCAGAGAACGCAGGAGUUAUUGGGGGACAACGCCGGCCAGGUUGUGCAACUCCUAAUCAGAUACGCCCAAUCAUCAGCAUCCGCGGCUACAAACCCUCAGCUUCUGGAGGUUAUUGCAUCUUGGCUACGUGAGAUACCAGUAGCUGACGUUGUGAACUCUCCGUUACUGGAUAUUGUCUUCGGUGCCUUGGAUACUGAGAGGUCUUUCGAGGCGGCAACAGAAUGUCUGUGCGCUAUCUUUAAGGAGACCCGUGAAGUGGAUGAGUAUCUCCCGACAAUCCAGAUCCUCUUACCUCGUGUUAUUGCAUUGCGCCCUCGAAUUCGUCAAGCAGCCGACGCCGAAGAUACGGAAGCUUAUAAGGGGAUAACUCGGGUUUUCGCGGAAGCAGGCGAAGCAUGGGUAGUUUUGAUCGCCCGUGAACCGAUUGGCUUCCGGCCACUCGUGGAGGCUGUGUUGGAGUGCGCAGCCUUGGAUAUGGACCGUGAAGCUAUCGCUUUGACGUUUAUCUUUUGGUACGAGUUGAAACUCUAUCUCAUCCUAGAGAUAUAUAUUGAGGCUCGGAUGCAAUAUGUGGACGUCUAUGCGAAGCUUGUUGAUGUCAUGCUGAAGCAACUCGAAUAUCCGAGCGAGGGCAACAAUCAAGAAGAUUUGUUCGACGGGGACCGCGAAGCCGAAGAGAAAUUCCGCGAGUUUAGGCAUCACAUGGGUGAUGUUCUUAAAGACUGCUGCGAGAUAAUGGGCGUUACGGAAUGUCUUUCCAAAGUGCUUGAACGUAUCAAAGCAUGGAUGACUUCCUAUGCCAGUCAAGCAACUCCAAAUUCAGUACCUCACUGGCAGCAACUCGAAGCCCCACUCUUCAGUAUGCGUGCCAUGGGAAGGAUGGUUGACAAAGAUGAGGAUAUCAUACUCCCGCAGAUAAUGCCCCUUAUCGUACAGAUACCACAUCACGAAAAGUUGCGAUUUGCGACCAUUAUGGUCCUAGGCCGCUACACGGAGUGGACAUCGAACCACCCCGAGCUCCUGGAAUCCCAAUUCACCUACAUUGUGUCUUCUUUCGGGACCGACUCCAAGGAGAUCAUAAGAGCUGCUGCCAUGGCCAUGAAAUUUUUCUGCACCGACUGCAAACACCUCCUGAGUGGACAAGUAGUGCAGCUUCAACAAUUCUAUGACCAGACUCUGGACAAAUUGCCCGGUAUCAGUCAGGAGGAGCUCACCGAGGGUGUGGCGUCAGUUGUUGCAGUGCAACCGGUUGCCCAAAUCUUCGACCUCAUGAAGCAUUAUUGUGAUCCGUUGAUGGCCAGGCUAAUGGCGAAGGCCAAUGCGGCAACGGAUGAGGACGGAAAGCUAGCAGUUGCAGAUCAUUUACAGUUGAUCACACUCUUCAUCCAGAUGGUCACACCCUACGUCGCUCCUGGCCAGGAAAAUCCUGCAGUAAAAUACUGCCAGGAAAUCUUUCCAAUUUUAUCCACAAUACUAGACACUUUCACAGAUUUCACACCCAUCUGUGAACGGAUCUGUCGUUGCUGGCGAUAUAUGGUGAUCUCUUACCGUACAGCCAUGGCCCCUUUGCUUCCUCAGAUGGCCAACAAACUUGCCAACGGCUUCGCUACCUCCAAGCAAGGCUGCUUUCUCUGGGUGACAAGCGCAAUUUUGCGGGAAUUCUCCGAGGAUCGAGAACACGUUGACGAGAAUACAACAGAGGCUAUCUACGCAUUCUUCGAGGCCCAAUCAACAAACAUGCUCCGUAUGAUGAGCGACGUACCACCAAGAGAUCUGCCGGAUGUCAUUGAGGAUUUCUAUCGUCUGUUGGUGGAUGCUCUACUCUACUAUCCCCACAAACUGAUUCGCUCGGACCUAUUUGCCCCGAUUUUCCAGGCAGGAGUUUCAGCAUUGGCACUUGAGCAGCGAGAGCCGCUUUCUGCAGCUCUUCAUUAUCUGCGAGAUGUUAUUGGAUAUGGUGGUGAUAACCCUCCAAGUUCAAGCAACAGCCCAAAUCCACCUGAGAUCAAACGCGCUGUACAACAGGUUAUCCUUGCAAAUGGCGAGCAUUUAGUAAAGCAGAUCAUGGCUGGCAUGAUGAUUACCUUCCCAGAUGACUGUUUCACCGAUGGUAGCGGCGCACUCCUGGGACUCUUUGAGAUAAUGCCUGAACAAACUGCCGCAUGGGUUGAUAAAACUGUUCGAAUGCUUCCAUCUGGCACAAUUAGCGAGGCUGAAAUCGAUAAGCUCAUGAUAGGUAUCAAAGAGCGAUUAACUCUUGGACAAGAGGGCCUCCGGAAGGUCCGCAGCCUACUCCAGGACUUUACAAAUGUUUAUCGACGACGAUAUGUAGCCCCUAGGGAUGGUCUGGGAAGACUGGAAGCUGAGAGGUUCCAUUUUAAUGCCUGA